UUCAUAGUAGUUUCCCCUUAUCAUCAAAACGUCUCUAGGUAUAACAACAGUAACGAAAGAAGUUUUACAAAGUCAUAAAAACAAAGGCAUUGGCAUUGAAUCUACAUCUAGACAUCUACAUCUAGGUCCAGAUAACAUUAUUUGAAUCUAGGUUCAAAAGUUCAAGGAUGUUUUACUUUCUCAGACAUAUUCAACGAUCAGCUGUCAGAAUUCUUAACUCUCACACUGUUGAGCCAGUUAAGUGCUUACAACAAGUUAAACAUGUUCAUACUGGACAAAACUGCAUGAAGACAUGGAAUUUAGGAAAACUAAACCAUGUUGCUCUAGUAACGCCAGAUCUUGAUAAAAGUGCUGCACUUUACAGAGAUGUUUUAAAAGGAAAAGUUAGUUCAAAGCAGGCACUCCCAGAGCAUGGAGUAACAGUAGUAUUUGUUCAACUUGGUGAAGCCAAAAUUGAGCUCCUUCAACCACUUGGGGAGAAUAGUCCAGUCCAAUCCUUCUUAAACAAAAACAAGUCAGGAGGAAUGCAUCACAUCUGCAUUGAGGUAGAUGAUAUUCAGGAAGCAAUCAAAGAUUUUAAAAAGAAUAAAAUUCGGAUACUUAGCGAGGAGCCCAAAAUUGGAGCCCAUGGUAAACCUGUUGUCUUCCUUCAUCCCAAAGAUUGUGAUGGUGUGCUCAUUGAGAUUGAACAAGCUUAAUGUUUAAAUACCAUGUGACAUUUACCCAGAUAUUAUUUAUGCAGACCAAGAGAGUGUUGACUACACAGAAGUGCAGGGAUAUUAGUAGAACUAAAAUAUUGUCUGUGAAAAUGCAAUCCAUGUUUUUCAUGUAUUUAACAUUUUGUUAUAAAAAAACAAUUUUCUGCUCAGAAACGUAUAAAAUGCAUUUAAUGAAUAAUGUUAUUAUCUAUUAUUAAAAUUUUGUAUUUCAAAUAA